CACCUUGCUUCGUGAGAAAAGGUGAGAAAAAGUGAGAAAGUGAAAGUCAAUAUGUAGAGAGAGAACCGAGCUGAGGAAAAAGAUGCCUCAUAAUUAAGUGGUUCUGUGGAAGGGGACGAAAAUCUAGAGAGAGAAAGAGAGAGGGGGGGAGAAAUGGCGGAUGCAGCAGUGGAAUUUCUGCUGGAUAACCUGAAGCAGCUGCUGAUCCACCACGCGCAACUGAUCAAAGACGCCAAGGGGCAGGUGGAGCAGCUGGAGGAUAACGUGGGCUUCUUCAAAUCGUUCCUGAAGAAGGUGUCGAGCAAGAAGCUGCGCAAGGACGAGACGCUCAAGGCGCUGGUGCGCGACAUCCGCGGCGUCAUCUACGACGCCGACGACAUCAUCGACGCCUUCGUCACCCAGGCCGCCGAGAAGAAGACCAUGAACUACUUCUCCAGAAUGCUCAACGCCUCCGGGGGCUUAGGCCUCAUCAGCAUCGCCGAGCAGGUCAACGCCAUCUGCACCAGGAUCAGUGACAUCUACGGCGGCAAGGAUAAGUUUGACCUCGUCAAUCUCGCCGCCGGCGAUGGCCCAGAUGAAGAAGCUCUGCAGCCUACGCCUUCAAGGAAAGACAACGUGGUAGGUCUGAAAGACGAGGCUGACAAAAUAGUAGGAUAUCUGAAUGAAACGACUCCUCAUCUUGAUGUCAUCUCUAUCAUUGGUAUGCCUGGCCUUGGCAAGACCACAUUGACAGGAAAGAUUUUUCACGAUUCCGACAUCAAAUAUGAAUUCCCCACUCGUAUAUGGGUUUAUGUCUCUCAAGAGUUCACUGUGAAGGAGGUGUUUCUUUCCAUUUUGAGGCAGAUGCUGACCAAGCUCAACGAGGACGAGUACAGCCGGAAGACCGCGCAGCAGCUCGCUGAAGAGAUAUCUGGACUUCUCGAAGGAGGCAAGUUCUUGCUGGUAAUGGAUGACGUGUGGGAGCCUACCGAUUGGGACAAGCUCAAAGUCUGCUUGCCUAAGCAUAACCCCACGGGUAAAGUCAUGAUCACUAGUCGUCAAGUAGGCGUGGGCAGGUACGCUAACCGCUUCAGGGACCCGCAUAACUUGCGUUCCUUGAAUCUUGAUGAGAGUUGUGAGCUUCUCCAAUGGGAGGUGUUCAGUAAGCCUGAGUUCCCUUCUGAUCUGGAUGCUGUUGGGAGGGAAAUCGCUGGCAACUGUGACGGCCUGCCACUGGCUAUCGUGGUGAUCGGAGGCGUUCUUGCCACCAAGGUCUCGAGAUCCGCUAGCGCAUGGGAGAAAGUUUCUAGCAGCGUGACUACGUUUCUUCAACUGGACCCGCUCAACCGCAUGGACAGGAUCAUAUCCAUGAGCUAUGAGAAACUGCCUUAUCACUUGAAAGAAUGCUUUCUUUAUCUGGGGAUGUUUCCCGAAGACUUUGAAAUCCCGGCAUGGAAAUUGAUCCGUAUGUGGAUCGCAGAAGGAUUGAUUCAACCUAAGGAUGGACUCAGCAUGGAGGAGAUUGCUGAGUAUAAUCUGGAUGAUCUCAUCAACAGGAAUCUGGUCAGGGUUGAGAAACUCAAGGCUGAUGGAAGAGUGAAGUCUUGCCGGAUUCAUGACAUGCUACGCGAUUUCUGCAGAGUUGAAGGUGGGAAAGACAGGGAGAAUUUCCUCCAGGAAAUCAAGCAGUCCAGUGACGGAGGGCUUCAGCCUUCCGUCACUGAGGCGGAAAAGCAUCGUCGUCUUUGUAUUCAUUCCAAUGUUGUCAACUUUCUCAAUAGAAAUCCUAAAGGGCCUUAUGUCCGCUCAUUCGUUACAUUCUCUGAGGAUAUAGAGGUGCCAACAGAGAAUAUCUCCUCCAUUUCUGCAGCUUUCAAGCUGCUGAGAGUUUUAGAAGCCAAGCCCCUCAAAUUCUCUAAAAUACCUAGUGAUUUCUAUCACUUGGUUCAUUUGAGGUACCUCGCACUAUCCUUGAAGAUGGACUCCAAUUCAAAGGCCUCAUCUCUCCCCAAAGCCUUCAACAAGCUUUGGAACAUACAGACUCUUAUAGUCGACACAACAUCCCGUGCUCUUGACAUCAAAGCAGAUGUCACGAGCAUGACUCAGCUGAGGCAUAUGAAGACGAACGCGUGCACCACUCUGGCCAAGCCGGGUAAGGAUAGCAAAGAAGGCGAGAAGCUUCAAACGCUGGGUACGUUGUCACCGGAGAGCUGCACAGAGGCAAUCUUUGACAGGGCUCGGAAUCUGAAGAAACUUGGGAUCCGCGGGAAGCUAUCCUCGUUUCUGGAUGGGAAGAGCGGAUCGUUUGAUAGUCUGAGGAAACUGAGCAAUCUUGAGAAGCUGAAGCUGCUGAACGAUGUGUUCCCGAAGGCGGCCUUGGAUGGGAAGCUGGAUGGGCUUCCGCCGGCCUAUAAGUUCCCCGUGAAGCUGAGGAGCCUCACCCUGCUCAACACUUUUCUUGACUGGGAGCACAUGACUGUUUUGGGGUCGCUGGAGAAGCUGAAGGUGCUGAAGCUGAAAGACAACGCGUUUGUGGGGUCGAGAUGGAAGGUGGACGACAGGGGGUUCGACUCACUUGAGGUGUUGCACAUUGGGCGCACGACUCUGUCGAUUUGGGUGGCGUCUGCCCUCCAUUUCCCAAGUCUUAAACGACUUGAGCUGCACAACUGUGAGAAGCUCAAACAAAUUCCAAUUGCAUUGGCUGAUAUUCCGAAGUUGGAGUACUUGGAUUUGCAGCGUUGUAAGGAAGCAGCCGCCUCUGCUAGGAGUCUUGCCGCCAAAAAGGGUGCUGCCACCUUCACGCUCUCCAUUUUCCCUGCAGAUGAUGUCAAAAAAUAAGGCCUCAAACUAUGUGGACGGGCACUUCAUGCAAAGCUGCGGAAGAGAACAGACUUGGAUAUUACUCCUAAAGAAACCAAUGCGCAUUGUGUUGUGUUUGCUUAUUUGAGUAAAAUAAUUUGUUCCAUUUCAAACUGUUAUUUUGUAAUUGAAUUAUCGUUUCUUUGCGUUUCGAUCCUGUGUUUGUUUCAUUGUUUGUUGGGCAAUUUGACUGAUAAAAAUUGUGGAUGUCGUGUAUGAUGUUCUAUAAUAAUCAAUCAUGCUGUCACCAAGUUUUUAGUGGCAACUGGCAAAA